UUAUAAACUAACGCCCUGUAUGUUAAAGCUAGUUAAACUAUUUUCACUCGUUCACAUACUGCUGUUUAUGUAUUGGUAGCAAAACGUAAUCUUUCUCGGAGAAUACAUCAUAUCUUCAAAAGGAGUCAUUUCCUAAGCCGAUUCAUACGCUAAUUUCACGGUUGUUGGCAAACAUGGCAAGCAUGUUCAGACAAAAGUUUCUCGGUUUCACCGGCUUAGUCAUGAUCGCAUACGGCAUCAUCCUCGCCAUCCAAGGCAACGGAGCAGCGAUUAGGUUCGGGCACGCCGCCGCUGCAGUACCGCUCUGGUGCGGUCUUCUGUUCGUUCUGAUUGGAUGUGCAAACUUGACGCAGGUCUUUGAGAAGAAGAAGAAGCAGCAACGAGAGCGAGAGGAUACCUUGCCGUUUUCAUUCACGGUGGUUUUCUGCAACUUCACCGCCGUCAUGGUAGCCUGUCUGUGCAUCGGGUUCGUCUCCUGGGGAGCAUGGGCUGCGAUCACGACCACCGGUACACUGAUUAUCUUGCAGCAGGACGCCGUCGAGACCUACACCGCCAUCAUCUUGGCCAAUGUCUUCAUCCUCUUCCUCGCUCUCAUCGCCAUGUUUGUCGACUGCUGCUCUGGCUCCCUCUUCGGACCAAGUGCGCCAGUCGAGCGACAAAUGAUGCAACAGCCGAUGUACUAUGACUACCAACCGAGGAUGGUCCCCGCACUGUACAAACCAUAAAUGACUCACAACCGGAAGGAGCGCAUCCUUAGUGCGAUUAAUUUAGACUGACCAAAACAAGUGAGAUCUGAUGGAAUUACAAGUAAAAAUAGUAAAAGUAGUGUAACAAAAUCUUCGUACAACGACCGGGGUAAAAUUCUAGACCGAAUAAAUGGCGUUCAUCAUCAUAUUUGAAGGAUCUACGACUUUUAAAUUAAUCCAAUAACAACAUUAAUAACUAUAACAUCAAUAAUAAUAAUACAAGCGAGAUCUAGUGACUUUUUAAUCAUUUCGAUUUUGGAACAAGAUAGGCACAAACAAAAUUGAUGCUAUAUUCUCGAUCAUGAUACUAGUGAUAAUAAAUCGUUUUUCCUACAGCGACUUGAGUGGAAGUCUAUGAUAUAAUAGCAUUUAGUUUAAGUACACUCUUAAAAUUUAAUUGUCAAAUCACAAGCUUAUAGGGCCGAGGACUAACGGAAGAUCAGCUUUAAAAUGCUUUGCUAAACAUUAUAGUGUUGGGUUUAGCCUUAUUCUUUAAAAUGGUGAUUUAAUAUGACCAAUAUUUUUAAUUUAGGAUUAAAUUAAUAACAGAUUUAAGAAAAAUCUUGAUCUAGUUCACUAUCAUAACAUUUCUACAUUGAUGUUUUGAUCAAGGUGCUCUGUUCGGUUUGUCAAAUGACCAUGUCUUCCUUUUUUUCUAAAUAUUAGUUUUUUAAGCUUGAAAUAGUGAAACUGCACAGUUUACCAUUAAGUUGGAAUAAUUAUUUCUUAUUUCGUUGCAUGAAAUGAUUGUGACAACAUUAUGAUUUAUUCUAAAUAGAUAAAGUUUACAUUUUCUCAGAACUUUAUUGAUCAAUAAAGCACCUGAGGGAAUGAUAAAUUCACAUGUCAAUAACAUAUCAUAUUAUUGAGACAAUCAUUUCAUAAAAAAGAUGUAAGAAUAUUUUCCUCCAACUUUAUGGGCAACAGUAAAUUUCCAGUUGAGUUCCUAUAUUUCACAGUUAGAUACAGGGUAUUAAUAAUAAUGGGUUUGUAUAAAUAUCAUAGAGAAAGAAGUUUGAUAAUACUUUGUAUAGCCCUCAGUACAAUUGUUUUAUUUCAUGUUUUUAGUCUAUUUAGAGAAAAUGGGUAUGUUAUAUCAGUACUAUAUGAAUAUUUCUUCUUCUACGUGUAUGAAAUCAAACAGUAUAUUGUUUGAUAGUUUUGUACUGUAAUUGUUUUUUUGUACGUUGAAUUUUCUCAAACGUACUAGUGUACUUCCAUUUCAUUUUAUUUUUAAUCUCUCUCUCUCUCUCUCACACACACACACACACAAACUCUUUCUCACAAACAAACACACUCUCUCACAAACAAACACACUCUCUCUCUCCCUUUCUUUCACAUGGCAACAUACCCACAUACUAACCCUUCUUCUCUCCGUACGCAUGUUUCCCCCUCUAUCUCUCCGUCUGUUUGUCUCUGUAUGUGGUGUGUGUGUGUCCCUCUCUCCUCUCUCUCUCUCUCUCUCUCUCUCUCUCUCUCUCUCUCUCUCUCACACAUCCAAAGUCUCAUUCUCUCCCUCUCCCUUCAUUAUUCUUUAUAUACAGCUAUACCCGUAUCUCUUCAUUGUCAAUAACCCAUUUCUCCGGAAUUAUGUUGAAUUCUAUCUCGACAAAAUACAUCUUUCUACUUCAUUAUCAACAAUCCCUCUUGUAGAAUACUUAAAAGUAUUUAAAUAUAAAUUUCCACGAUUUUUGUGCGUAUUGCAAUUCAAUGUUGCUGAUAUGUAAGGUGUUGUACAUUGAAUUUGUUUAUGUAUUGUUUAUGCAACUCAGUUAUGGUGAUUUGGUUUUUAGUUUUUUGUCAAUUUGUGUACAUCUUUUUCAAUGAAAUAGAUUUAAAUAGGUCAAGUCAUAUACAGGAGACUUGGUAACGAGAAUAAACUCCUUAACCAAAGGGCACUGGCACAUCGACUGGGUUUUGAUCCUGGGACCCUCUGAUUAAGAGACCAUUCCUCUACCACUGAAAAAAUGAAACAAUAAUGUAGGCCUAUCUACAAAGACGUCUGAAAUCAGACGUAUUUCACAUUAUUAUUUUAACGUUUCACGUUACGGCGUAUUUCAUUACAAAUUUUUAAAAACAUCUAAAAGCCAGACGAAGAAAAAAACAAGAUUAUGCUAUAACAUCGAAAUGCGAGAUGCAUUUAUAAUAAAAUGUAUACAAAAUG